CCCGAAAUCCCAAGAUAAGCUCCCAUACACAUUACAUAUCACUUGAUCAGAGAUGGCUUCUUACUCUUCCACUUUCCACUUUCUAGUUGUUUCCUUCCCAAGCCAAGGCCACAUCAACCCGUCACUCCUAUUCGCGAAGCGCCUUCUGCGCUCCGGCUCUUGCGUGACCUUUGCCACUUCAAGGUCUGCCCUCCGCCAGAUGCGUGAGUCCAAAGAAACUUUCGAUGACUUGUCCUACGCGGCAUUCUCAGAUGGAUACGAUGACGGAUUCGACAUAGGAAAGCACGAUAUUCAGCAGUUCAUGGAUGAGCUCAAGAGACAAGGGCCUCAGACUUUAGGAGAGCUUAUCGGGAACUGCCUGACAGAAGGGCGAGAAUUCACGCAUGUGUUCUACACGACGCUCAUCCCGUGGGCCGCAGAUGUGGCGAGUUCCUUUAGGUUGCGUUCUACGCUCAUCUGGACACAGCCUGCAACCGUGUUGGACAUCUACUACUAUUACUUCGAUGGUUACGGAGACGUCAUCAGCGAUGCAGGUAUCAACUCUUCAUCCCCGAUUGUGCUGCCAGGACUUCCGCCUCUUACAGGCCGCGAUGUCCCUUCCUUCUUCUCCCCCGAGAACCAUUACAGUUACUUUCUGCCUUUGAUGAAGCGCCAGUUCGAGAUACUCGAUGAGCAGGGCAAUAGUCAUAAAGUGCUUGUGAAUACAUUUGACGCAUUAGAAGAAGGGCCUCUACGAGCCACUCGUAAGCUUAACUUGGUGGGGAUAGGACCUCUACUGCCCUCAGCCUUCUUGGACGGGCACAACCCGUCGGAUACAUCCUUUGGAGGUGAUAUCUUCCAAGGUUCUUCAAAGAAUUAUACUGAAUGGCUGAACAACAAUCCUCGGGCGUCGGUGAUCUAUAUAUGCUUUGGGAGCAUCCAUCUUCUAACAAGGCGGCAAAGGGAUGAACUGGCAAGGGGAUUACUAUCCAGUAGUCGACCGUUUCUAUGGGUGAUGAGGGAUGCUGGAAAAAAUGAUGAGGAAAACGGGCAGUUGAUCUAUCAGGAAGAAUUGGAACGACAAGGAAUUAUCAUACCGUGGAGCACGCAAGUCGAGGUUCUGUCCCAUCCAUUGGAGGGAUGCUUUGUGACGCACUGCGGAUGGAACUCGACCAGUGAAAGCCUAGCGUGCGGGGUGCCCAUGGUGGCAUGUCCACAAUGGGUCGACCAGAGGACGGAUGCGAAACUCGUCGAGGACAUGUGGAAGACCGGCGUAAGGGCCAACCUGAAGAGCGGGACGAUCAUCGAAGGGGAGGAGAUAAGGAGGUGCUUGGAUUUGGUGAUGGGAGAGGGAGAGAAGGGAGAAGAAAUAAGGAGGAAUGCAAGGAAGUGGAAGGAGUUGGCUAAGGAGGCUGCUGGGGAAGGAGGGUCUUCGGAUAAGAACCUCAGGGCCUUCUUGGAGGAGAUUGCAAGCUCAGUUUAAUCAAUUGGUAGUCAUAAUUAAGCUAGAGUAGAUUGAACUUGUUCACAUCGUGUCCUUGUCCUUUUACGAAAUUAUAAGAAUGUCUAGGUGAAGUUUUAACGUAAAAUCUAAUAUACAAUAAUAGGUGAAGUUUUAACGUAAAA